AUGUCAUCACGUGGAGAUUCCGGAUAUAUGAGUCAAUACGAUUCUAUUUACAGUCAAAAAUCAGAGGUUGAUAGUUUUGAUCAUUUGAAUGAUGUUGAGUAUGUGGAUUAUCCUACCGUGAGAAGUUCAAUGCCUUCUCCUUAUAAUGAUCGAAGAGACGAACAUAUAGAGAAAAAUGGAACCAAUCGCCACACAUAUCACACAUCAAAUCAUAAUAGUUCCUUUGGUAACGAUUCUUUAUACCCGCCGUUACCAAAUCAAAGAUAUCAAUAUUCUACUUCACCGAAUUCUAAUUCCUAUGAAUACAAUAGAAAUGAAUUUUCAUCUUUCGAGUCAAAUAGAGAUGAUCCACCACUACCCCCUUCACCUUAUAAACCUCCAUUAUCUCCAAGACCUCAUCUGAUUCACUAUUCAACUUCGCCUUUGAUUUCUCCAAGGUUACCUCCACAACAAUCAUAUACUUCACAGGGAAACCCUCCAGAAUUAUAUAUACCCAAACCAUCACCAAGGAGUGCUUCAUUACAAAACAUAAGUCGUUCUGAAUCAAGUCCUCGACUAAACACAUCGUUUCCGGUUAAUAUGGUUAAGAAUAAUGCAAACAUUCGUCCUUAUCCAUACGUUGACACUCCGAAAACCCUAAACUUCAAUAAUAAUAAUAAUUUUUAUCAACAAGAAAAACCUGAACAAGUUUUAGAUGCGUUUGAUUUUUCCGAAACACAGGACAUAAUCGAUUCCUAUUAUGAUGAUCAUGAAGUUAAUGAACAAGAAAUAACAAGAAAUCGAAAACGUGAAGCUGCUGUAAAGGAAGUACUUACCACAGAACGAACGUAUGUUGAUGGUUUAAGGAAACUUGUGAAUGUAUUUUUAUCUCCCCUGCGAGAAAAUUAUCAAAGAUCUAUUAAUAAGAUCUUAUCAACAAAACCUGUCGCAACUAAUGAUGAAAUUUCGGCUAUAUUUGGAAAUAUUGAGCAGCUAUUGACAUUACAUGAGCAACUAUUGAAGUCGUUAGAAGAAAGGAAUCGAAAUUGGAGCCCUACACAACGUAUUAGCGACAUAUUUCUACAAACUGCUCCAUACCUUAAAAUGUACAUAAUUUAUUUAAAAAGCUUUCCACAAGCAAUAACGACCAUGGAACGACUUAAUAAAGAGAGCAAGGAUUUUAAAAAAUUUUUGCAGCAAUGUCAGCAAAAGCCAGAGUUAGGAGGAUUACCGUUCAACUCUUUUCUGAGUCUUCCUAUUCAAAGAAUUCCACGUUAUAAAUUAUUGACGGAAGCUUUAUUAAAACAUACAAAAGAGUCACAUCCCGAUUAUCAAAACUUAAAGAAAUGUGUGGCUCAAAUUUCAGCGAUUGCUGAAGAAGUGAACGAAAAAAUACGAGACGCUGAGAAUCAGCAGAAAGUACUAGAAAUUCAAGCAACGGUUACAAAUUUGCCGAAAAACAUAGUAGAUCCUGCACGAAGGUUCAUUUAUAACGGAAAUCUUUACAAAGUUACACCAAGACAGACAAAUAAUAAACCUUUCUUUACGGCAACACAGGAUUUACGAGCACACUUUCUUUUUAAUGACCUUUUGCUUUUCUGUUUAGAUUUUCAAGGAAUAUACCAUUACAAAGGUGAAAUUGAUCUGAGAUUUGCGACAGUUAAAGAGAUUGACGAUGAUUCUGCAGAUCAACCUUUUUGCUUUCAAAUACUUACUACUGAUGUAAGGAAUGGAGCACAUACCGUUCGUGCAACAAGCUUCGAAGAAAAAAAUGAAUGGAUCACCAGACUUAAAGGAGCAAUAUGGUCACUACAAAAUGGAAGAGUGUCGUCUAAUUCUGAUGGAAAACAAUUAGAUAAUGACGUUGAAACACUCUAUUCUUGCAUACUUGUUAAUCGUUUGUGGUUUACUCUGGCCGUUCCUGAACUAUGGAAAAAUCCUUUCGUUACUAUGUCAUCUGGCAAUCCAAAACACCAAGGAUCACUCAUCGAUGUUUACAUUGCUUGUCUUCCAAAAAAAGUUAGAGAGAAUAUUUAUUCUGGGACGACAAGAUCACCAAUAUUUAAUUACGCUAAAUACUUACGAUGUAUUAUUAUCGGAACAAUGUGUAAAUGUGUUAGCAAAUGGAUUAUAUCAAAGAAAGAUGAACUACUCUCAUUAUACUAUGUACACGUGACUGGGAUUGCGAAUAACGAGACGGUUAUCGUUAAAACUUUAUGUGAUUAUUUCAUCUCCUGUUCGACUCGUAUUGAUGAAGUUGAUUUAUCGUAUCGCCCUAUCAAUUUAUUCUUAAAUCCAAAUUUGUCAAGGAUAAAGACAUUUAGAUGUAGUGUGAUGUUUUUGCCCGACUUGUUGGAAGCUGGUAUCGUUAAAUCGGCUUCCAAGAUCGCGAAUGAUAUUCAAUUCCUGGAAAUUCGAUUCAUUUGUUCAUAUAAUUUUUCCUCGGGUACGAUGAAUACCCCGGUUAAUGACAUAAUAGAUUUGAUUGAAUCACAAAAUAACUUACAACACGUAUUGCUUCAAUGCACUCCAUUCGAAUUCCUCACACUUAUGGUUAGUAUAUGUACCCACACAAAAACUUUGACAAGUAUUGAUUUAUUUAAGAUCGCUUUUGGUUGUGGUCUUCCACUUCAAUAUUUAGCAAAAUUGGAGAAUUUACAACAUCUCUCGUUUAUAUGUUGCAAUUUUUCUGGAACAUCCGAUUUAAAUGUUGAUGAUUUAUCAUUUCAAAGGUUAAAGUCUAUAACUAUCAAAGUGACAAACAUUCAAGUGGAUAUAUUGGAAACUUUGAUACGUCAAGCCAGAGAUAGCAUACGCGUAUUGGAAAUUAGGAAUUUUAGAAAUCUACGAGAAUUAAUUUAUUCAUGUAGAAAUAAUUGCACCCUAUUAACGAAAUUGAUCGUAUCAAUUAAUCAAGGGACCCUUUUAUCAAUUAUUUCCAUGAUAACCACGUGCAGAAAUUUGGAGGAAAUUCAUAUUUUUGAUGAAACCAUGCAAGAAGGUUUUUAUAUGCCAAUUGAUAUAAAAUGUACGCUUACGGCUGAUGAAUUUAUUUGUCAACUUGGAAUGGCAUUACCGGAAAAGGUUCAUACGAUAAGAUUUAUUAUGGAUUGGUUUUAUAAAUCAAGUUCACUUGAUACAUUUUUUAAUCAAUGUAAUGCGAGAAGGUUGAAAAGGUUGGAAUUUAGUAAUUGCUCCUUUUUCUCUAGUAGACAUUUAGAUGUUGUAGUUCGUCAUUGUGGCAAGACAUUAAGAUAUCUAUCUUUUAAUAGUUAUCAUCGCAUGUCUAGGGAAUAUGUGAAGAAAGUGAGCAAAAUAAUUCCGAAUCUUGUUGUUGAAAAUGACGAAUUCAACAGGGCAUGUUAA